AUGAGUUCUGCAGGCAGCUCCAGCUUCUUUCUGCUGACUGGUUUUCCAGGCUUGGAGGCAGCUCACCACUGGAUUUCCACACCCUUCAUUUUUGUCUACAUCUCUGUCAUUUUGGGCAAUGGCACUCUCCUCCUUCUCAUUAAAGCAGACCACAGUCUUCAUGAGCCUAUGUACUACUUCCUGGCCAUGCUGGCAGCCACAGACCUAGGGCUGACUUUAACCACAAUGCCCACAGUACUGGAAGUCCUUUGGUUGGACCACAGGGAAAUUGGAAAUGCAGCCUGUUUUUCUCAAGCCUACUUUAUACAUUCACUUUCCUUUGUAGAGUCUGGUGUUUUGCUUGCUAUGUCUUAUGAUCGUUUUAUUGCCAUUUGCAACCCUCUUAGAUAUAACUCUAUACUUACUAAUACUCGAGUGGUGAAAAUUGGGCUAGGGGUUCUGAUGAGGGGAUUUGUAUCUGUUGUUCCCCCAAUAUCACCCCUCUAUUUUUUUCCAUAUUGCCAUUCCCAUGUCCUUUCCCAUGCAUUCUGCCUUCAUCAGGAUGUCAUCAAACUGGCCUGUGCUGACAUCAGCUUCAAUCGAAUAUAUCCUGUUGUGCUUGUGGUCCUUAUAUUUGUGCUGGAUUCUCUGAUUAUCCUCAUCUCCUAUGUGUGGAUACUCAAAAAUGUCCUGAGCAUUGCUUCCAAAGAGGAGCGGGCCAAGGCCCUCAACACCUGUGUCUCCCAUAUCUGUUGUGUCUUGGUUUUCUAUGUCACAGUGAUUGGAUUGUCUCUAAUUCAUCGAUUUGGGAAGAAGGUUCCACAUAUUGUGCACCUCAUUAUGAGCUAUGUGUAUUUUCUCUUUCCUCCACUAAUGAACCCCAUAAUCUAUAGUGUCAAGACCAAACAGAUCCAGAGUGGAAUUCUUCACCUUUUUACUACCCAUAGAGCUAGAGCCUGAACUCUGACCA